AUGUCAAAAUCGAAUGGCAAAGUCACUCCAAUGGACGAUGAUACAGUUAAUCGACUUGGUAAAGAGGUAAUGGCAGAUCUCAACGAUAAAGAGACGACAGAUAGUGUGAAGACAACAGAAGGCGAAUCAAAAAAAAGCUUCUUUCAGCGGUGCUUCAAAAGAAAAGAGAAAAAGCCGGUGGAAGAAAAGAAACCCCAAGCUCGAAAAUUGAAAACGUUUGAAAUUUAUAAAUUUGCUGAUAAAUGGGAUAUUUUAUUAAUGGUUUUGGGCAGCAUCGUUGCUCUUACAACUGGAGCAGCGAUGCCAAUUAUGAUGUGGUUGUUUCAAAGUGUAAUGAAUGGUCUAGUCACCAUCGGCAGAGGCAAUUCGACAUCCGGCAGUGGCUGUUAUCAAGACCCAGCGUCAACUGGGGACCCAUUCACAACAAUCGAGGGUAUAAUAAAAUGGUACGCGACUCUGGGAGCAUCUAGCAUAGUUGCUCAUUGGAUUGCAUAUGCACUCUGGAUGAUUGCAUCCGAAAGACAAUUACGACGAAUCCGGUAUGCACUUUUCGAGAGUAUCAUGAGUCAGGAAAUGGGCUGGUUCGAUUGUCGAAGUGCCGGUGAACUGUCUAGUCGUCUUGUCGAUGAUUUGGAAAACAUUCGCGAGGGUACCGGCUUUCGUGUUGCUGACUUCAUCUGUCUUCUCUCACGAAUUAUUGCGACGUUGAUAUUUUCGUUUUAUACCGGUUGGAAGUUAACUCUCGUUUUCCUGUCCACAUCCCCACUCAUCAUUCUUUCAAUCAAUGUUCUCAUUCGCAUUAUGAUUAAGUAUACCAUCUUAGAACUCAAAGCUUAUAGUUCGGCAAAUGCUAUUGCCCAAGAAGUUUUAGGUGCUAUUCGAACAGUAACAGCAUUUAGUGGACAACCGAGAGAAUUACAAAGAUACGAAAGCAAUUUAACGCAAGGUAGACGCGUUGGUAUUCAAAAAGGCGUCUUGUUAGGUUUAGCACAAGCAUUAGUUAAUAUUGUACUCUAUGGUGGUAUUGCUAUUAUCUUUUGGUAUGGACCAUAUCUGAUCCGAAAUGAAUGUAAUAAUUAUUCUGCUGGUCAUUGGAUGGUGAUCUUCAUUUCAUGUUUAACGACGACAUUUUCUUUAUCAAAUUUGAUUCCGAAUUUACAAUCGUUUGCAGAAGCGUCAGGCUCCGGUGCUUAUGUAUUUGAUGUCAUUCAGCGAAAAUCCGAAAUCAAUAUAUUUAGUGCUGAUGGAGAACAACCGGCGACGUUUACAGGCGAUAUUGAAUUUAAAGAUGUACAAUUUACGUAUCCAGCUCGACAAGACGCACCAGUUCUCAAUGGUUUAACAAUGAAAAUUCCCGCAGGAAAAACAGUUGCACUUUGUGGUUCCUCUGGUUGUGGUAAAAGUACGUCAAUACAAUUAAUUCAACGGUUUUACGAUCCCGAUCAAGGCACAGUGUUACUCGAUGGUCGAGAUUUGCGUUCACUUAAUCUGAGAUGGUUAAGAUCGAAUAUUGGUAUUGUUUCUCAAGAACCUGUUCUAUUCUUUGGUACCAUCGAAGAUAAUAUUCGCUUUGGUAAGCCGGAUGCCACAGAUGAGGAAGUUAUCACUGCGGCAAAAAUGGCAAAUGCACACGAAUUUAUCAUGAAAUUACCACAAAAUUAUAAAACUUCUUCUGGUGAUAAGCUAAGCGGUGGGCAAAAACAACGAGUUGCUAUCGCUCGAGCAUUGAUUUCAAACCCGAAAUUAUUAUUACUUGAUGAAGCUACAUCUGCGCUCGAUAAUACAAGUGAAAGAAUUGUUCAAGAUGCAUUGGAUAAAGCCAAAGAAGGUCGAACGACCAUUGUUAUUGCCCAUCGUUUAAGUACAAUCAAAAAUGCAGAUAUUAUCGUAGGUUUAGAUCGCGGCCAUGUUGUGGAAUAUGGCACACACAAUGAAUUGAUGCAGCACAAAGGACUCUAUUACGAGCUAGUCAUUGCACAAAGUGAAAAAGAGCAGGAAAAAGUUGACGAUGAUAUUGAAGAUAAUCUCGAAGAAGAACUGGCACGUGCCGCAAGCAAAUCAGCUAAGGAAAAACCACACAAUGCCAUUCGUCGAGCGUCCAUUGCUCUGAGACGUUCAUCAAUUGUUUCAGCGAAAUCUGGCAUAUCAGAAGCUGGUAGUGAACUUGAUGAUCAUUUCGAAACAGAUCAGAACGAAGAGAAACGAUCCCGAUUUCGUAUGCCAACAAUAUUGAAAGUCUUACGAUUGAACGCUCCCGAAUGGUUCUAUCUUGUAUUGGGUGGAAUAGCUUCACUUACUUAUGGUGGUAUAACACCGGCAUUUUCAUUGAUCUUUUCCGAAGUAUUCGGUGCUUUGGCCGAGACCGACCCGCAGAAACAAGAAGACGAAAUACGAGUAUAUACUUAUGUACUCUUCUUAGUUGGUGUCGCCGGUGCUAUAAGUCAAUUUGUGUCGUCAGUUACAUUGGGCAAAGCAGGAGAGGAAUUAACCAUGCGAAUGAGAAUUAUUUCGUUCAAAAGUAUGCUGCGACAAGAAAUCGGAUGGUUUGAUUUGGAUGAAAAUAACUUGGGCGCAUUAGUAACACGAUUGUCAUCGGAUGCGGCAGCAUUGAAAGGCUUUACUGGGCCAACAUUUGGUGCCAUUCUCAAUUCAGUUGGAGCUGUCAUCACGGCUCUUGUCAUUAGUUUCAUUGCUGGAUGGAAAUUGACGCUGGUUAUUCUCUGUUUUACACCGUUGAUGGUUUUUACAGGUAUCAUUCAAGGACAACAAUUUUCUAAAGCAUCCGGAAAUAAAAAAUCAGCCACAUCAAGCGCUGAAGAUGGUGGCAAACAAGCGACGCAAGCAAUUGAAAAUAUUCGAACAGUUGUAUCACUCCAUCAAGAAGAUAGAUUUAUAAGUCUGUAUAGACAAGCGUUCGAUCGCGAUUUUCGAAGCCGUAUGCUCAGCCUUCACUACAUUGCUUUUGCAAAUGCUCUAGCAAAUUCGUUGAUGUAUUUCAUUCACGCGACAUCGUUUGGUUAUGGUAUUACACUCGUUAAAAGCAAAGAAAUGGAAUUCGCCAAUGUAUUUCGAGUAUUUAGUGUUGUAACUUUCGCAGCCAUGUCGAUCGGACGUAGUGCAUCGCUCGUGCCAAAUUAUUCGAAGGGUAAAGCAAGUGCAAUGCGUAUUUUUGAAUUGCAAAAACGUGAAUCAAAAAUUGAUCCUGAUGAUCCAUCGGGAAUAAAACUGUCAGCUGUGACUGGAAAUAUUGAAUUUCGUGAUGUACGAUUCCGAUAUCCCGCUCGCCCUAAACUUCGUAUCUUACGUCACUUUAAUCUACUUUGCAAUUCGGAUGAAACAACUGCGCUCGUAGGUCCAUCCGGCAGUGGUAAAUCGACAUCUGUUGCAUUGAUUCAACGGUUCUAUGAUCCACUCACUGGAGCAGUUCUUCUCGACGGGCACGAUGUCAGAACUUUAAAUAUACAAUGGUUACGUUCUCUACUGGGCUUAGUUCAACAGGAACCUGUUCUUUUCAAUCUUUCCAUUCGAGAUAACAUUGCAUAUGGCGAUAAUAACCGACAAGUGACACAAGAAGAUAUUGAAAUAGCAGCAAAAAAGGCUAAUAUUCAUGAUUUGAUUUCCACGUUACCCGAGGGAUAUAGUACAUCAUGCGGCGCGAAAGGUGGGCAAUUGUCCGGUGGACAAAAACAACGAAUUGCCAUCGCUCGAGCGCUCAUUCGGAAUCCCAAAAUUAUUCUUCUCGAUGAAGCCACAUCUGCCCUGGACACCAAAAGUGAACGAGUUGUGCAAGAAGCGUUGGACCAAGCGCGAGUGGGUCGAACAUGUGUGACCAUUGCACAUCGUUUAUCAACAAUACGAAAUUCAGAUCGAAUUUGUGUAGUCGAUCGUGGAGAAAUCAAAGAAAGUGGUCGACACGACCAGUUACUUCAACAGCGUGGUAUUUAUUAUAAAUUAAACAUGGCUCAAGAGCGUCCAGACAACUCGCAAGACAAAUGA